CCCAGAAUGAUCGGCCCUGUUCUAAAUGGAUCAUUAAUUCCCUUCAUUUAAAGGACAUAUAAAAGAAGCAAAGGAAAGGGAAAAAAUGAAUGAGGAGACAUGAGGCCCUCACCCCAGGCAAACAGGCCAUUCUAUUAGCCUGACUAUGUGGGAGGGAGCAUUUCACUUUGUCCUUGUCAAGGUUAGGGACCUGUUAAAAAAAGAGAUAGAGAGAGAGAAUUUUCCUUUAGAGAACAAGCAGGUGAUGCAUCCCUAAAAAAUGAAGAGGGGUAUGAACAAAGAAAAAACAUGCUGAGAUUUAACUGUCAUAUUCUGAACUGUGACAAAGGCUUUGGUUGCAGAUUGUGUUGAAUUUACAAAUGUGCAUCAAUUUGUAAAUUGUAUAUUUCUGCACUCGGUGAAUGUACAUCAUUUAAAAACUCACUCUCUAUUUAUCUAUCUAUCUAUCUAUCUACAUUUACAUUUAUUCAUUUAGCAGACGCUUUUAUCCAAAGCGACUUACAAAUGAGAAAAUUCAAGCAAAGCGAUAUCAAGCAGAGAACAAUACAAGUAGUGCUACCAUACAAGAUCCAUUAAUUGACUUCCAGAAGAAGCCAAGUGUGCAGAGAAGAGGUGUAAGUGCCAGAGUAAGUUUUUAUUUUUUUUAUUUUUUUUAUUGAUGAUUUUUUAGGGGUUGGUUAGGUGUUCACGGAAGAGGUGGGUCUUUAGCUGUUUCUUGAAGAUGUUCUGCGGUCCAGAUUUAGGUUGAAAGUUCAUUCCAUCACUGAGGAACAGUUAGUUUGAAGGUUCUUGAAAGGGACCUUGAGUAACGCUGAGUAGGUAUUACUCAACGUCGGUCGUUGAUUGAUCGCAGAUCUAUCUAUCUAUCUAUCUGUCUGUCUGUCUGUCUGUCUAUCAGCAUUACAGUGGCAAAUUACCACAUCAGUGACCCUACAGAUGAGUGUAUUUUUAUAUUCUUAUGAGUUUCUAUUGAACAAGAGCAUAGAGAAAGGAAAGGGGAGUUCAUAUACUUGAAGUAGUAAAGCAUGCAAUAAUGACAAAUCAUAUUAAAUUGAACCAAGUAAGUAAAGUAUAUAAGAUAGAUGGAUAUAUUUAAGAAAGGAUAAUGUCACAAGCCAAAAGAGAAAGAUAGCAAGUUAGCUAGCUGCCUCACCUCAGUUCAACUGUUAUUGAGACUUUGAAGGCAAUGAACUUGCCUCUGGCAUGUGUUUUGUGCGUAGGAUAGAUGGAAUUAUUUUGCGUUGGAGAGAUCCAACAAAUAACUGCUUUUAUAUAUCUCUCAUGGUCUGCUAAUCUGAAGUGCUAGCUGAAGUGCUAGCUUGUAAAUAUACAUAGCGUUACCCAUUGCUCCCCUUUCCCGGAAGGGGAAAAAAAGGUGAAAUUUCCACUUCAUUAUUUUUUUCUUCUUUGUGUAUCAAUAAUGAAACAUGAUUUUUUAUUUUUUUUUUUUCUGAAUAUGCCAACAUGGACCUGGUGUUGCAUUUUUGCAGAGAGAAUUAUUCAAUAUGGACCUGUUUUCACCCAAGAGCCUAGUGACAGUGUUUUUCCGCUGAGCACUGAAGACCCCAAGAUAUUCAUCAACUGCAAAGCCAAAGGAAAUCCGCUGCCCCAUUACAGGUGGAAAUUCAACGGAAAAGAUUUCGACACUUACACUGAUUUGAACUACAGCCUAGUAGAGGGCAACCUCUUGAUCAAUAACCCACAGGCGAUGAAAGACGGAGGAUCUUACCAGUGUAUUGCCACUAAUGCCUUUGGAACCAUCCUGAGCCGCAAGGCCAAAGUGGAGUUUGCCUAUCUUCAGAAUUUCACUAGCAAGGCCAGAAAUGCAGUCUCAGUAAGAGAAGGCCAGGCUGUUGUGCUUCUGUGUGGCCCACCACUCCAUUUUGGAGAGGUUAGAUAUUCAUGGAUCUUCAAUGGUAAUCCCAGUGUCCUCAUCCAGGAUAAUCGGCGCUUUGUGUCCCAGAGGACAGGGAACCUGUACAUCGCCAAAAUGGAGCCAUCUGAUGCGGGCAACUAUACGUGUGUGGUAAAGAACUUGAUGACCAAUAGCACCGUGUACAGCUCGCCCACUCCUGUGGUGCUGCGCCAGGAUGAUGUGAUGGGUGAAUACGAGCCUAAAAUUGAAGUCCAGUUUGAAGAAAUGCUGCAUGUCGUCAGAGGAUCGUCGGUUAGACUGGAGUGCUUCGCUCUAGGAAAUCCAGUGCCGUCUAUCUCUUGGAGAAGAGCAGACAGAAGCCCUUUUCCUGGAAAGAUGAAAAUCAAUCAAUCAAAUGGCGUCCUAGAGAUCCCUUAUUUCCGGCCUGAGGAUGCUGGCUUUUAUGAAUGUGUGGCAGAGAACUCCAGAGGCCACAGUAUUGCAAAAGGACAACUCAUAUUUGAUGAUGUGGAACAUCUGCAUUGGGUCCAGACACUGCAUGAUGCCUACAUGGCCAUAGAUGCCAAUUUGCACUGGGAGUGCAGGGCUAAUGGGAAACCCCAGCCGGUGUACAGAUGGCUUAAAAAUGGACAGGUCAUGGUGUCUAAGGACAGAAUCCGCAUUAAUGGAGGCAAGCUCAUGCUCUUGAAAGUUAACCUAGAGGAUUCGGGGAUGUAUCAGUGUUUGGCCGAGAAUGAGCAUAGUGUCGUUUAUGCCAGUGCCGAACUCAAAGUUGUAGCUUUUCCUCCAGACUUUUCUAAAAGUCCAGUGAAGAAGUCCACGUUGGUUCAAAAAGGAGGUGAAGUCAUCAUUGAAUGCCGGCCACAUGCAUCCCCCAAGGCAUCCUUCUCAUGGAGGAAAGAAGGUGAUCUGCUGAAAAACAGUGAGAGAAGGACAAUCUCAGAGGAUGGCACUCUGCGUAUUACCAAUGUGAGUGAGUCAGAUGCAGGUAGAUACACAUGUGUGGCGCACAACCUGUUCGGCGUGGCCAGGAGCACAGGAACACUGAUGGUCAAAGAACCAACCAAAAUUACAGUUCCUCCACUAAGUAUGGAUGCCAGUUUGGGUGAGAGCAUUGUUCUGUCAUGUAGGGUGUCCAGAGACUCCAACAUGGACCUCAUCUUCAAGUGGUUCUUCAACGGGAAACUUGUUGAUUUCAGCCGCCAUGAACACUUUGAGAUGAUUGGAGGGGGAGUAUCCGGUGACAUCAUGGUACGUAAUGUUCAGCUAAAACACUCUGGGAAAUAUGUGUGCAUGGUCCAUACAGCGAUGGACAGUGUCUCGGCUGCAGCUGAUUUGAUAGUCAGAGGGCCCCCUGGUUGCCCUGAGCGAGUUUUGGUGGGGGAAGUCACUGAACGGACAGUUCAGCUCUCAUGGCGUCCCAGUCCUGACAAUCAUAGCCCCAUCACAAAUUAUGUAGUGCAGGCCCGAAGUCAUUUCUUGAUUGGCUGGCAGGCUGUAAAAACAGUUCCUCAUGCUGUGCCUGGGCAGAUGACACAUGCUAUUGCAGUGGGCUUAAGCCCAUGGGUUCAGUACAAGUUUAGGGUGGCAGCCAUGAACAGUGUCGGCAUGGGUGAGCCCAGUGCCCCAUCUGAGGCUGUUCUCACUAAGGCAGCAGUUCCUGAGGUUGCUCCAACCAAUGUGAGAGGAGGUGGUGGAAGCCGCAGCGAACUGGUGAUUAUGUGGGAGCCUGUUCCAGAAGAACUACAGAAUGGAGAAGAAUUUGGAUAUGUGGUAGCCUUUCGUUUACUUGGUUCUCUGGUUUGGAUGCAGACCGUGGUGCCCUCAGUGGAUGCAUCCCGAUAUGUGUUUAAAAAUGACACCUUUCCUCCACUCUCACAGUUCGAGGUGAAGGUGGGAGAGUACAACAGCAUUGGAGAAGGACCCUAUAGCCCUAUAUCUGUUGUCUACUCAGCAGCGGAAGAACCCACUGUAGCCCCUACUAAAGUGUGGGCACAUAGUCUUUCCUUCUCAGAACUGCAGGUUUUCUGGGAUCCCAUCCUGCCAAACCAUAGCAAAUCCACAAUCUUAGGAUACCAGGUGCUGUUGUGGGAGGAGGGCUCAUUAGAGCGUGAGGCAAUGAAGGAAAGGGUCAUAAGAAGCCCAGCUUAUAUCACAGGCCUGAAGGGCAGCACGCUGUAUCUAAUCUCAGUCAGAGCUCACAACAGUGGUGGAAUUGGACCUACCAGUGCUGUCAUCAACAUGACAACAAAGAAACCGCCUCCAAGCCAGUCUCCAGGGAAUAUUGAGUGGAACUUGACAAACUCCAAGAUCUUUUUGCAUUGGCAGCAUGUAAAGGCAAUGGACAAUGAAUCUGAAGUAACAGGCUACAAGGUGAUGUACCGUCAAAACUGGCACAGAGGGACCAGCAUAGUGGAAACAAAUCAGACGUCAUUGGAGCUACAGGUUCCAUCAGAAGAUCUGCUUAUACAGAUCAAAACCUUAAGUGAUGGAGGAGAUGGCAGCUACAGCAGUCCUAUUCACAUACCAAAGAUGUCCAAUCUGAACUCAAGGGGCUACUUCAGCUCUGAUGCAAACAAGCUGGUCCAUAUCCACAAAGUAGCAUUUCUUAUGCUAGCAUGGCUAUUUCUGUAGAAUUUUUCCUUUUGAUUAGCAGAGUCUGAAAAGAAAAUCAAGAUGAAAAUUACGAGGAAUAUACACAAUGUGAAAGUAAUUUAUUUAUUUCAUGAGCUGAAGAAUGUUCAUAGAUACACAUAGCCGAAUAUGUUUUUUGUUAUUGGUUUGUUGCUGUUUUUUGUGUGUUUGUUUGUUUGUUUUAUUAUUGAUAUACUUGUGCUUUAUCUGUUUAGUUUUAUGCAAAAAGGGUGAACUGUUGGAGUGUUGCUUAGGUUUUAUUUGUCAGUUUCAACAUUUGAGAAAACUUAAAACUCACUUCUACUUUGAAAUCUAGUAUAUUUUGGGCUGAAAACAGCAUUUAAGAGAAUGCUGUAUUCUGUGAAGAAGUCCCCUGGCUCUUCAUUAGACUCUCACUGUUUGACUUAUAUACUACUUUCUUCUGUCAGUGUAGAUGUGUAAGUCUUUCUAAAAGAACAUGAAUGUGUUUUUCACACUGUUUGUCUUUGUCCUUAAACUGUUACAGAACGCCUGGUAAACGGAAUUAAUCAGACAUUUUGCCUUGAUUAUGCAAUUGAAGAUUGAAGUUUAGUGUGUGAGUGUGACAAUUUGUCAAACCAAAUUCUGUCAUAAUUUCUUUGUUAUUUUGUGAGAGUCACACUGCUAAUAAUAACAAGAAACCUUACCCUUAUUUUUAAUACACUCAUUUUCCCUGUUAUUAGGUGGUCUGGAGUAUGUAUGCUUGAA